AUGUAUGCAUCGUCUGCCAGCAGACUUGGGGGCGUCUUGGCGCCCCGAGUGGGAAGACGCUUCCAGAUGCUCUCGCAGCGAGGCUUGGUACCUGCAUCCGCAGCAGCAGCAGCAGCAGCAGCAGCAGCAGUAGCUCCAGCAGCAACACCAGCUGCGGCAGCUCGAGCCAUCCCAGCAGCAUGUGCGGCAUGGAGGCCCCCUCUCCGCUGUUCUGUUCGUCAUAUCUUUUCAACGGGGCCUCCAGACUACACGGGCGCACCCACGACGGCGACUGUUCCCCCAAAUAGCAGCAGCAGCAGCAGCAGCAGCAGCAGCAACAGGGAGAAAGCACCCACGCGUAGAGCAACUGGUCUCCAUAAGGUCUGCAACUUAGGAGCCCCCUUGGCGGAGUUUAUGGGCCGCACUCAGGCCUCUCGCGUGGAGGUAACGAAGUUUAUUUGGUCUUACAUUAAAGAGAAGGGAUUGCAAAAGAAAGAUAAUAAGAGAAUUGUAGUUGCUGAUGAACGCCUGCUGCCGCUGCUGCAGCAGAGAGAACUCUCUAUGUUUACACUCAACAAGGUCCUCAGCCAACAUAUCCACAACACGCCCCAACAAGAUAAACAGCAGCAGCACCACCAGCAGCGGGAAGAUGGAGGCCCCCAAGUGAAACCUUAA